AUGAGAGCUUCAACUCUCCUAUUCCGGGCUGGAGGAGGUUAUCAGUUAACAGAAACAGCAGGAAGAGUCCUUGAUCCAGACUCUUUAACGCAGGUUGAGGGUCAGGAUGAGGCUCUACGACGGUGGUUCAUUGAACAGGAGCACCCCCACUUUCCGCAAAUUAGACCAAGGGAGAGUACAAACCUCUUCUUACCAUUGGCCAAAGGGACUUCAAGCUAG